AUGUCUCUCCUCAAGGGGUCCUUUUUACCCAUCUCCCCAACCAAAUCAUCAACACAUAUCACAUAUCGUAUUGGAGAAGAGGAGAAACCAAUGAUUAGCACGAGUAUGUCGAUUGCCAACGAGUUACGGCCGCGCGCCUUCUUCCAACACCUUUCUGAAAACUAUAAGAACGAGGAGUGGGAAUUUGAGAAGAGGCUUGGGUUUGGCGCAUUCGGUUUUACCGCUUUAUUGAGGAGGAAAGCGUCGUCGGGACAGCCCGUGCAGCGUAUGGCUCUGAAAUUUAUGGUGGGAAGCUCCAAAAGCAGAGUGAGUGCGUUACAAGGCGAGAUCUCUAUGCUAAAGAGAGUCAACGGAGCUAGCCAUAUAGUCUCCAUACUUGCGAGCUGCGUAAACCUCACCCUGCCCACAGGAAACCAAUAUUCUCCUGACAACGAUCCGCAAACUGAAGCCUCAGGCGUAUUUGAAGGGUUCGUGGGUCUCGUAGGGCCGGCUGUAGCCCUAGAAUACCUCGAGUACGAUCUACUGGCUUCUCUCUGCAUACAAGCUCGCAGCGAAAGAACAAGACUAACCGGUGCCGAUGCACCAAAUGCAGUGAUAAGAGCCUCGGUUGGGUUGGCGUAUCCACCCAAUCAGCCUAUUGGUAGUAAUACUGAGAUAUUAGAAGAGCUCCCGAAUGGUCAUAGUCCGGAAACAGAAAGUUUUUUAGCGCAUAACGACUUCAACGCAAGAAAUAUCAUGUUGACGGUGGGCGAUGGGCCGGAGCACGGAAUAGGGGUAAAGGCCAAACUGAUAGAUCUUGGCUUCGCUGAGGUAGUCACACAUCGACGCAAUGGAACCCCAGUGAACAUUUUUGAUGCUGCCCUGACAAUAUGCUGUCUCGCAACUCCCAACGUAGGGUUAUCAAAAUCUAAAUGUACAUACCAAGGAUUACCCACAAAGGCUGUAAAUCUUGUUGGUACGGGUAAUCCGCCAUUUCCACUGCCCUGGUUGGAUCCGGAACUUCGGGACAUCCUGGCGCGGUGUAUGUAUGAAGAUCCACUCCAAAGGCCUGGCCUACAGGAAGUUCUACAGGUUGCACAGAAUGCGGUGCACUCAAAAAUAGCUAUGUCAUUCCCAAUGCCUGAAAUGGAGACGGAAAGUGCUGUCAGUGUCUUUGUCCAGGGUUUAAUUUUUAAUAUUCUGUAA